AUGCACAAGGUGUUUGAGAAUGUCGACACCCGAACAGUACCAGAUAUCGUGAGCGCCAUAAAGGAAUAUGGGGGAUACUUUCGGCGGUUUAAAGGUGGUGCAUUGGAGCCCUGGGCUCAGACAGGAUGGGACCUCGACGAACAUACAGAGAUGAACCUCACUUUGGAGGCCUACGCGACCUUGGCUUUUUUGAGGAUCGACCUCGACAUCGCCAAAACUAUUCCUGAAUCGGCAGACUGUGGUGCGACCGCGUCCGUGGCAAUUAUUCACUCGUUGGAUAUGCCAGAAUCUCCAUUCUACUCUGCGGACUGGCUUUCCGUUACUGUAGCACAUUGCGGAGACACUCGUGGUAUCUUAUGCAGGUCAGACGGUCGCACCAUUCCGAUGACAGCAAAUCACCACGCCGACGAGCGUGGAGAGACCUCGCGUCUGCGCAGAUGGGGCGCCGCUAUGGUCAUGGACUCCUUCAAUGAACUACGCUUCAUGGGCUCGCUUGCGAACACACGCUGUCUUGGUGACAUACGGUUCAGACAGUUUGGUGUAACCCCAGAACCAGAGGUUCACACUCAUGUCGCGCAAGGCCAUACCUUGUCGUCUAUGGUUCUAGUGUCAGACGGAAUAUCCGGAGUUCUCUCUGAUGGCGAGAUAUCUGAUCUCGUCCGUAGCAAAGCACAUAUAGGCCCCGAGGCAAGCGCAAAAGAGGUUAUCGAUUUUGCAGAGGAGAUGGGAACCGACGAUAACUGCAGCAUCAUCGUCAUUCCUCUACCUGCUUGGAGUACGAAAUACAAGGACCUCACAAAGGACCUUCGCGAAUAUCGUCUGAGUGGCGCAGCCAAUAGUAGUAGACAACGUCGGAUGUAG